CUGUAUCCGUUAACGCUUUUUCAACGCUUACGUUUAAGCGACACCUCUCUCUGGUGCUCCUUCCAGCGGCCCUUCGUCGUGCACUGCGGGGCCGGGUGCGACGACGACGACGCGCUCCUGAUGACAACGAAGAGUCAGAGCCCAUCCUCGCUUUCCCGGCUAUCGCGCUUUGGUGUCUCCUUCAAGUCCAGUGCCUCGUCGCCAAAGUCACGGAACCGAAAUCCGGAAAAACCAGCUGCGGAGGACAACUGGUAUAUUCCGUACAACGGUCCUUUUGAGGCUCCCAGGCAACCGUACGCUAAGCCUAAAGAAAGGGACAGUUGGGGUGACUCUCUGUAUGUCGAUGAAAAGGAUGAGCAAGUCUCGCAGGAUGGACGCCACGGGAGCCAGCGAAUCGCGCAAACCGGAUGGGGCGAUAAAGGGCGGCCUAGGGCUCAUACGGAGUCUGCGAUCACGAGCAAGAGUGGCUCGUCUACGUUUGCAGAUGCAAGUCACCAUGGACUUCGUAACAGAAACGGCCGACAUCCUGCUCCUUCCUAUGUCAACGUCGGAGGCGUAGGAGAAUCUCCAGUACCCCGAAUACGCUAUGAAUCUACCUCGAAGUCGCCUUUUGCCAGUAUAUUCUCCUUUAGUUCUUCAAAGAAACGAGCAUCACCGCCAGCCUCUAUUUCGACGAAGAGUGAUUCCAACAACCGGAACAGACGCGGUACCCGUACCCGCGAUGACGAAGACUACUACAAUUCCUAUUAUUCCACGUUGGUCCAAUCGCCUCUCAGGAAUCAGGACGAACCUAGGGACUUCAGGGUCGAAGAUCCCCCCCGUUCUCCAAACAGUCGUAUUGGCCGUUCUGAAAACACUCAUUCUACGGUAUCUGGCCAGUCAUCGCCGACACCUCAUCCUUAUGCCUAUGUGUUUCCCACUGGCAAUUAUAGCGACGUUCUUAAAACAGCACCCCUCGUGUCCACAGACAGUCGGGAGUCAGAUCCCUUUCAACGAAUACCCAUGCGUCCCUCACAGAGCACUGGCAAUGGCCAGCACUCAUUGCUCCAUCCUUCAUCUGCCGCUGGUCGUCGACUAACGAAUUCCAUCUCCUCUCCCGAUUUGCGACUUUCGCCAGCUUCUUCCUCGUCACAAAGACAGCCCAAGUCAUCUAUUUUGAAGGGCAAAGAUCGCUGGCUUUCACCAGAGACGUGGUGCGAUGCUCUGUUCCUUCCCAAACCUCGCUUCAAGGUGAAACAAGAUGGGAGUGUCGAGUACGGAAAAGGCAGAAUAGUCAGCCCACCAGGAAGCCCUGUCUUCGCUUCGUUCGGUCAGGCUAAUCAGCCACCAGGUGUCUUGUCUCGCGUUCUAGCUCAAUCUCGGUCGAUGGUUGAUCUAUCCCGUACGGCAGAUCCAUCGCACAGACACGCUCCUCAGCCGUUUUAUAUUGCUCACACUCAACCUUCAGGAUCUGUUAACGCUGAAGCGGGCCCGUCAAGACCGCCACGACCGCGAAGUCUUUCCCUUGAUGACCUCGCACUUCCUAGUCCUGUACCGUCAUUAGCUCGGGUACUUGAGGAAGGCCAAAUCCUCGAGCAUCAACGUAAAAAAUGGCAGAUGCAGGCGCAGGGUUCGUUCCAGAAUAGCCGCGCACGUAACCUUUCUCGAGCACGGACCAAGUCACUCAACUCUAAACAGGCCAAGCGGGCGGAGGUGAAGCAUCCACAUAUCGAUUUCCUCGCCGCCCGCUCUCUUUUGGGUAAUCAGGACCCAAUAAACAUAUCUACCAAAGCUAGGCCACGCACCAAGAGCCAACCUGAAGGCAGUGGCGGAGCCACGUUCUCCAGAUCAUCGCACGCCCAUUCGAAUUCCCUAUCAAAAACGUCCAAGUCAUCCAAAUCGCACUCUCAGGGUCAUUCCAGGAACGAUUCGUGGGGAAGGAAAGUCGCUAAAACCACCGGUGGGGCGCUUUGUGGCUUCGAUGCGUCCGCGUUGACUCCGACAGAAGAGAAAAAACUGCCAUUUGACGAUGUGUUGGCGGCCGAGGGAACGAGGGUUAUCCGGUUCGAGGACCCCUCGACGAUUCGCGACUCCGUACUGCGGUUGACUCCGCCACAGGGACCGUCGCCUACACCAUCCGCGGGGACGGACCUGCGUAUGGGUAUCGCUCUGUCUACGCCACCGAUGGAUAUCGAGGACCGGGAGUCUAUCAGAUUGCCGACUCACCCGUACGCGCAAGGAGGGCGGUAUACGUACACUAGCUCUCCAAGCCGUGGUUCCGAAUUUGCGGGUCCGCAUCCCUCUUCGGUGGUCGGUGGUGACCGAGAACAUCUGGAUGUGUCUCAACGUCACAGACUGCCUCCCAGAGCCCUUAACCAUCCCUACGCCCAGUAUGCUGAUCACGAUUCGUACACCGGCAGCGACCGAAUUGUCCCCAAUCCCCGUCCGGAUAGUAAUGUUUCGCCUGCCUCAAAAAUGUGGGCGCGACUUUCACCAAAUGGGGUGGUGCAGGAGAUACUCCCUGAAGAGAUCAGAUACUCUCCAUUUGUUCAUGCGAAGGGAUCUGGGUCAAACAUACGGCAUUCCGGGAAUAUCAUUGAUACCAUUGGGGUUGGGGAGGCGCUCUUCAACGCCGGUGAGGUUCGUGGGAGUAAGGAUAGCGGACUUGGUGCGAGCGAGGAGCAAGGCGUGCGUGUCCAAGUGGACGAAAAGCCUCAUCCGUAUAGCAAUUACCGACGACCCGUGGAAUACGACGUCACACGCCCCUUGUAUUUCCACAGGCCUGAAAAGCCUCUUCCAUCACGACCAGAAGAGGACACGAUCGUGGUGACUCCAACGCCAACCAUUACACCGCAGCGACUGGCCCCUGCUCAUGGAUUAUCGCCUUCAACAGACCGGACACCAGAGACGAAUUCUUCACAGGCUUCGCCACGGCCGCUCGGAAGUCCCGAUGACUUGGAACAUUUCCAAGACCUCUUUUAUCGCCCCGGCCAGACGAUUGGACCUGCAUUAUCCAGAAAUCCGUCUUCGCGGAGCGGGCUCACAACCCUGGCGAAUCAGCUCAACCAGGAAUUUGGGAAGAGGGAACGGCACGUCUCGGGUAGCAGCAGUUCAGGUUUCAGUCGUCCGAGUGGUGAUGGGAUGCAGUUUGUACUUUCGGAGCGGCCUGACGGUGCUUCUGCAGCCCGUCGGGGAAGCAUCAUACCGCCAUUCCAUCCAUCUGUGACUAUUCCGGAAGAUGUGGAGUCUUCGCGUGCGUCUUCAGUGGUUGAACGAUCACCGGUGGAGGCGGCUAGCGAUGAAGCGUUCAAGUUGGGACAAGUGGAGUCUCAGGCAACACCCCCAACUAUGUCUAGCGUCCAUCGGUCCUCUUUCACCGGGCUCAUGUCCUUCACACCCGGUCGCAACCCACCUCCCCCGGAAGAGGAGGAAGAUCAAGACAACACGGUCACCAUACGUAAUUCUCGUGCUCUGCUGCAUCCUUCAUCCUCAGGACUUCCUUCCUCUGACCUCACGCGAAGUAGCUACUUGACUAACUCAAGUCUCUAUUCGCGCAUCUCCAACCUCUCUGACUUUCCUGUUCCCCCCACUCAGGAUAUGCCAGCACGUAUGUCGUAUACCAGUUCCUACUUUGAUGACCAAUAUACUGCUCGCGAUGCUCGAAGCGUCACGAGUAGCCGGCGGAUGACUUUUGGUGGAGAUGAAGAGAUCGACCAACUCCUGGCCAGUCUAUCUACGAACUGAUUUUCCGGACCGGCCUGCCACCUUGCCUUACCAGCCAUAAUAUUGGUUUUUGUAUCUUUAUUAUUGUUAUCCUGUACUUGUGAAUCUUAGAGAGCUGUGCAUGUGUUCCCAAUCUUUCGAUACGAUACUUAUUGUCAUUUGAUUCGCCGGGGUUCUGCUAUUCAAUAAUUUAUACGUGUAUAUUUCUUGCAUCGCUUUUGGAUUGGUAGUACAUGGCACUGAAUUACCUUUCAUAUAAGGAGAAUAAUAAUACGGAUAUCAGGUGCUACUUAUACAG